UAUUUUAAAAUAUUGUUUUAUUUAAUAAAUUAUAAUUAAGUCUUAUAUAUUUUUAAAAUAUUGUUUUAUAUAAAAUUUAAUAUUCUAAAUUCAUUCCAAAAUUAAUACCCAAAACACACAUAAAAUCUGUUAGGAUUUAGAUAGAAAUCUUUCUUAAUCUUUUAGUUCCAUAUUAAUCUUAUUUACAUUAAUCCCAAAAUUAAUAAUAUAUUUAGGUUAAUUUGUUAAGUUAUUAAUUAAAUGGUCCAACUAUGACUCUUAUAUAGUAAUUUUUUAGAGUAACUCUGACACGCCCUAAAUAAAGAAAGGAUCACUCAGCCGGAUUUGGAUAUGAACUCAGACGGUUUGAAUGAGAACUAAUGGAUUGAAUGGUGACACAAGAGGGGCGGAGAGUCUCUUGAUACUACCGAAAGUCGAUUGUUGCUUGAUAUGACACACAAGUCCAACAAAAAAGAAAUGGUGGAUCGAAGGGUCGCACAACAGAUGCGGAAGGCUGCUGGUAUUCUCAACUCAAUGUCCUACGAUAUGACGCACCUAGACGACAAAGAGGAUGAUUCCCUGGAUAUGACACACCAGGAUGAAUCGGUUUGAUCCCUUGGAUAUGACGCACCAAGACGGAUCGAUAUGAUCAAUGGAUAUUACACACCAUUGAAAGAAAAGUGUGAAUCACUCUCAAGGUUCCAAAAAUAAUAAUCAAAGCUUAAUUUAUUUUAUUGAUCAAAUGACCUUUAUAUAAUAGGCAAAACAUACAAAAAGUUGGAAUAUAAAAGACUAGUCAAACAUAGAAAUUAAUAACUUAUAAAAACAAGGAAGACUUGACCAAAGACUUUGAUUUGACCAAAAUCAUAAAUGUCUUGACUUGACCAAAAUUGAAGGAUUGUAGUCGUAAAACUUUUCGGCUGGUCUCGUGCUUCCACAUGGUCGACGCCGUCGACUAGACGGUCUCUGAAUUGCCUUCAGAUUGAUAUAUUAUACGACCAUCACUUAUAAUUUCUUGUUGAACAUUUCUUUCUUUGGGCUGAAACAUGUUCAUAAACACAUUUGCAAUAUAUUUCAAGCCCAUUUCGUUUAAUCACAAAUCCAUAAGCCAAAUCUUUUUGAUUUGUUUCUGUUGUUGAUUCGGGACGUAUCAAACUCUAUUUUAAUAGAUGAGAUGUGAUAAAAAGAAACAAAUUUGUGGAGUCAAUAUGUGGUUAAAUGAAACAAAUCUAUGAAAAAAAGAAAAAUAUGUCUAUAAAAAAUAAGUCAAUAUGUGAUUAAAAGAAAGAAAUAUUUGGGACACUAAAUACAUUAUAUUUUAAAAAAAUUUGUCACCUAUAUAUUCUAUAACUUUUCAUAGUCUCUUCAUUCAAAGAUCUAGCAGUAUUCUAUUCAAUAUACUAGUAACAAAAAUUAAUAGAGAAAAAACAAAGAUGGCUAAAGCGACUUCUUCACUUGUUGUCCCCAUCAUCUUCCUUGUGAUGUUUCUUUCAGCUUCGCAGAAUAUGGGGGGGCGAUCAUGUGUGGCGGUUAUUGGAGUCAAUUGCGUGAAUUGCAAAAUCAAGUGCUACAACAAUUAUGGAAAUCUUGCAACUGCCUACUGUGAUCGCUCGGGAGGUAGUCCUGAAUACUAUAGAUGUCAAUGUACCUUUCCUUGUGGGCCUCCAAAGCAUUUGAACCAAAAGAAAGUAUUUUAAAAUGAUAUCUUCUUCAAAAUGUAUAAGCAUGAAUCAUAGGUUAAAAUAUCACAAUUGAUAGUUGCUACGAUUGUCAUUAUAUAAUAAUUUUAUUUCAGAUUGGACCCAAAGCUAAAAUUAGUUGUACUUGGAUGUUAUUGUGGGUGGUUUAUUCAAUCUGAAAUUUAAAGUAAUUUUAUAAAAUAAUCGAUCAUCUAUUAUUUAAACAUAAAAUUUACAAUGCUCUUUCAAAUCCUGUUUUAUUCGACUUGUAAUUUAAAAUAUACAAGAUUCCCAUCCACGCAAAGAUUGAAAAUAUUUUUUAACAAAAUCAAUAUUAUUAAUUCAGGAUCACUGCUAACUAUCGCCCAUGUUACUACUUGGCAUAUUACUUCUUUUGUCAUUGGACUUACACAAAGUUUAUAAAGCAAAUUCAAAAGUUAUAUAACUGUAACCACCUUUAGUUAUCAAUACGUAACCUCUAUCCAAAAUUAUCGGUCCCAUUUCUUUCUAAUACAAUUGGGUUACGUCUGCUCCUUUUCUCAAUAUUCAGCCCAUAUUAUUUAUUUAUGCUAUUCAAUAAUUCCAACCUGUUUUUAGAAUUUCUAAGUUUAACAGGUUUGCAUAAUGUAACUGUUUAUAAGGUUUUUAAAAAUAAUGUUUUAUAAAUCAUUAUAUAUGAAAUCAAAUCAUGAAAAUUUAACGAAAAACAUAUAAUUAUGUUUAUUUAAUUACUAUGUGAUUACUAACAAAAUUGUAACUAUACUUUAUUAUUUAAAAAAAAAAAUUAAUAACCUUUUAGGAAUAAAAUUCAAAAUUAAUGUGUGAAAUGCCUAUAGCACAAGUGUAUAGUUAUGCAACAUCACAAAUUCAUUAUAAUUAUCAAAACACCUUAUUAAUAAUAGAAAAAAAUAUUAUACACAAAUAUGAUUAUAAAGAAAAACACAAAUAUAAUUAAAAAACAUAAAUAUAAAAAUUAAAUUUCUAUAAAAAAAAUUGAAACAAAAAUAUACCCGGAAUCUAGUUAUAGUUUAAAAGGGAAGGGAAACUGAACUUAUACUGUUAUUAUAAUAAAAUUUAGGGGAAAAAGUUAAUACAACUAAACUCCAUACACUUACUUGAAGAUAUAAAAAAAAUUGAUAGCUUACAUAAAAGAUGAUAUGGACCCACUUUUAUUUUAUUUGAUUUCCCUGAGUUCUUGUAGUGGAGUUCUCGCUAAAAUCAAGAGUAGUUGGUAAGAAUGCAUCCAAAAGCUCAUAUAAUUUGUCAUAUAUCUUUGUUUUUUUUAAUAUUUUUUAUGACUAUAAUACCCUUAUCUCUAUUUCUCUCCCUUUUUCCUUUUAUGUGUUCUAAUCUCUUUAUCUCUCGUAUAGAUUCUUCAAAUCAUCUUCUAAUUCAACACAAAUCUUUAUUUUUUUAUUAUGAUUCUUUUGACAUCCAUAAUGCUAAUCUUAUUAUCUCACCCCAGUUCUAAUGUUUUUAAUUUCGACUCACAAUCAACUUUUAGAUAAUAUAUAUGUUAGUAGGUAUUUUAUUACUUACCUGUUAUUAUUUAGAUUUUAAUGGAUUUUUAAUCGAUACUUCUAUUAGCUGUUACAAAUAGUUUUGGAGCUAUUUGAUAGAUAACUAAUUAAUUGUUAAUAGUUUCAUUAACUGAUAUAUGAUUUGUUAGUCGAUACAUUUGUUUGAUACAUAGAUUGUUAGAUGAUACUGAAAUUAUUAGCUGAUAUGUUAGUUGAUAUGUAGAUUGUUACCUGCUAUGUAAAUAUUUAGCUGAUAAAUCUAGAGUUACUUGUUUUCGAUAAAGUAUGAGGGUAUUUUCGUCCGCACAGUGUCAAAAAGUUACUCCUUUUUGGAUUAUCCAUAAUUAUGGGCAUUCAGCUAAUUUGGACCUUAAUUGGGUAUAUUCCACACAUCCACUCUAAAAUCAAUUGUGUAGAGAACUACAUCUUAAUAAACACUCAAUAUUCUCCUGAACAUCUUUUUAUUCGGUCCUUUGUUGGCGCAGCUUUUACCAUUCAGAGAAGAAAAUGUUGCAGUUGAUGGGAUUUCUUUUGCUUGGGGAUAAUUCGAAGAAGCUUCUUCAGUAGGUACCUCGGUCCUGAUCUAUAAAACAAACAUUUUGUCGUGACGGACCAUAUGCAUUUCUGAACCAGAUGUUCUACUAGAACCAGACCGGAUGCCUGUGCUGGAGGCCUGACGCUCAACUAGAGCCAGACGUCCGUUACCAGAUGUUCAACCCCUCGCUUAGUAUGAUAUUGUCCAUUUUGGACCUAAGCCCUCACGGAUUUAUUCUUGGGUCGUUACCUCCAAAAGGCAUCAUACUAAGUGGGACUGGAUCAACUAUAUAUAUUAAACUUUAUUAUGUCUAAUAUCCGAUGUGGGACUUGGAUUGCUUUUUUAUUUAUUCUGACAAUCCUCCCCUCAAACCAAGGACCACGGAAAUUUGGCUCUAAUACCAAUCUGUGUGACAGACCAUAUGCACUCCUGGGCCAGAUGCUCUACUAGAGCCAGACCGGAUGCCCGUGCUGGAGGCCAGACGCUCAACUAGAGCCAGACAUCCGUCACCAGAUGUCCUACCCCUCGCUUAGUAUGAUAUUGUCCGCUUUGGUUCUAAGCCCUCACGGAUUUAUUCUUGGGUCGUUACUCCCAAAAGGCCUCAUACUAAGUGGUAUUGAACCAACUAUAUAUAUAUAUAUUAGACUUUAUUAUGUCUAAUAUCCGAUGUGGAAUUUAGAUUGCUUUUUUUUAUUUAAUCUGACACAUUUAACCUUGCAACGAAGCUUUCAAAAGAUUUUUGACUAUUAGAAAAAAAUAGAAAAAAAAAGCAAAUCAAAAGAAGUCCCUAUUAUUCACGAAUACAAUGUUUGACCACAGAAACACGUUUUAGAGUAUGAAAUGUUUGUGUAUAUAAACACAACAGAGAAAACUAGAAACAACCACAAACACAAACUUGAAAUCAGUUUUCACUUUGAUAACAUACAAAAACCAAUUCGUUUAUGAUUUAAAGCUUUUCAAAAAGGAUAUUAUUCAUAAUGAACGGAGCAUCAUCGUAGGCUGACCAGUGAGACAAUAGCGGCACCGCCGUCGUCAGAAGUGGUGGAGGUGGAACUGCGUCGAACUCAAACACGGCUAAGUACAAGGAGAAAUUUGGACAUGGACUAGACAAGACAAAAGCUGUGGCUUCUUCGGGUUUUAAGAAGCUCAAGACUGGCUCUGCCGUUGGUUUUCGUUGGGUCAAAGACAAGUAUCACAAAACAACAAACAAACACUAAACACUUUCAGUCUCCUUGUAUAUUUUAAAACUAUUCACAUGGUUUUCUUCUGAUCAAAAUAUUUUGUUUUAGCUUGUUUGAUUUGAAAGUUUUGAGUUAUGUGGUAGAUUGUAUGAAGUUUCCAGGAUUUGUUAUAUUCACUUUUUGAUUAAAUUGAUAUUUUUGUUUGUUCUUAUUAGAUGAUAUAUACAUCAUUGGUUUAUUAUUGUUUAUGAUUAAACCACCUGGUCAAGUUUCCUUUUGGUAACCAGUGUAUUUAAAGAAUCAUUAUAACAAACUUUACGGUUAAUUGAAUCAAAUUCAUUUCGUUCAAUAUGGUAUCAGAGUGAUUUCUCGAUCUUGAUUCAUCUCUCAUCAUGAGUCUCUCGGUCUCUUAGUUGUUGCUGCGAUUGAUCGAAGAUUUGCUUGUUUUCGAGCUGGAGAUCGUCUUCUUCGUUCACCUUUUCUUCGCGUUUCUUCUUUCUGUUGCUUGAAUUUCGAUCGAUUCUCGAUUUCUGUUUCGUUUCAUCGUCUUUCUCCGAAAUCGACUUCGUUUCUUCAUUCCCAUCCCAGAUUACAGCUACGAUGGCUGCGAAUCAAAUUCCUCAGCAACAUUUCUUGGAUCAGUACGAGAAUCCGUACUAUCUUCUGAUAGAGUUUAGAUACUCGAAACUCUAAGAACUCUUGUAAACUUCACUUGUAAUUCCAAUAGAAAUGAAUACAUCUUUGAGUAUGAAACAAACUAGACUCUCAAGGCGAAUCCAGCUUGAAUCAUCGUUCUCAUGGCGAACGAGAGAGAUAGACUCAUAGCGUCUAAACAAUCAACAUCAAAAGCAUAAAGAAACAGAAUGAACAACGAACUCAUAAUAAGAAGAAGAUGACUCCUAACGGAAAGACUCUUUCUCCAUCCGAAGGUUUCCUUAUUCAUUUACUUCCGAUCCAACGUCCUCUGCCGCGUCAUCCUUACUCUGUUCCGCAACUCUGUUAUUCUUCCUCCUCACGUAAGCUUUAUGAUACCUAUCAUCUUCACAGCUCCGAUCACGCUGGACUCGUCUUGGUCUCCGAUCGUCUCACAUCUGGCUCGGAGUUCCAUUCUUGGCGUCCUUCUGUUAGGAUAACAAGCUCGGAUUCAUCGCGAUGCUAGAUCUUGGUCCCGUUGCAAUGACCACAUGGUUGAUGAAUUCCGUUUCUAAGCAGAUAGGUCAGAGUCUUCUCUUUAUGUCGACUGCUGAAUCUAUUUGGAAGAAUAUUCUAUUUCGUUUUAAACAGGACGAUGCGCCGAGAGUGUGUGAGAUUGAACAACAACUCAGUCGCGUUUGCAGAAAGGUUCGAUGGAUGUCAGUGCAUACUAUACAGCUUUAGCCACGCUCUGGGAAGAGCACAAGAAUUAUGUUGACCUUCCAAUGCGGCUGUUCUUUGGGAACGUUUACAACAACGCAAUCGUGUGACUAAGUUCUUGAUGGGGCUUAAUGAAGCCUUUGAACCGACUCGUCGCCAUAUCCUUAUGUUGAAACCAAUCCCAUCUAUCGAAGAUGUGUUCAAUCUGGUGGCUCAGGAUGAAAGACAGAAGUCUAGCAAACCUAUAUCUACACCUACAAAACGCAGUUUUUCAGAGUUCUGGUCCUACUGACGCUCCUAUGAAUGAUACUUUACUUGAUCAUUCUGCUUUUGCAACAGCUCAUUCGCAAUCCGGUUAUCGUCCUAAACAGAGGCCUUUGUGCACCUACUGUAGCCAACUUGGACACAUCGUUACCAAGUGUUUCAAGUUACAUGGUUUCCCUCCAGGACACAGGAAUAACAAGACCUCUGCACGAGGAUCUGGUUUCACUCCACGAGGUCAACAGGGAUAUAACCAGCGACCAGCUCAAACCUCUCACCACCCUCUUUCACAGCAGUUUCAAAAGUCGAACGAUGUUGCUCAGAUAACUGCGAAUGCUGUUAAUCCUAAUCCGGUCCAAAUCCACAUGGAUCCUACUCAUCUUCAGCACCUCAAUCAUCCGCUGGUAUCAUCCCCUUUCCCUCUACUAGCCUUCGUUUUACACAUAAUAUCCUUACUUUCCAACAUCAAUGCUUAUCAUCUCUUUCAUCGACCCUACUAUCUAAUACCUGGAUCAUUGACAGUGGAGCUACUACACAUGUAUGCUCGGAUCUGUCCCUCUUUAGUAGUACCUCGACUGUGUCUGGUGUUACAGUCUCUCUCCCUAAUGAACUUAAUGAAACUAUCACUCAUAUAGGAACUGUGCAUAUUUCUUCUUCACUUGUCUUGCAUAAUGUGCUUCAUGUUCCUUCUUUCCGAUUCAACUUGAUAAGUGUGUGUAGCUUGCUUCGUGAUAGUAAUCUUUCUGCUCACUUUUAUCCUACAUUCUGUGUGUUACAGGAGUCUUCUCGUGACUUGAUGAUUGGUAGAGCUACUCUCUGCACAACCUUUAUGUUCUUGAGAAUGUUGAUUCAUCUUCUUUAGCUUUCCGUGGAUCCUUGCAAGUCGAUGGUAACGCCUUGGACACAUAUCUACUUCCAAGUUAAAGAUUCUCUCUGGUACUUUUUCUAUCUCUCUCUGCAACUAGUUUACAAAAGUCUGCUCACUGUCCUGUAUGUCCCUUAGCAAAACAAAAGAAAUUGUCGUUUGUGUCUAAUAAUAAAAUGUCGAGUUAUCCAUUUGAUUUGAUUCAUUUAGAUGUUUGGGGUCUUUUCUCUGUUGAAUCUAUUGAGGGUUACAAAUAUUUUUUAACAAUAGUUGAUGAUUGUACAAGGGUUACUUGGGUUUACAUGAUGAAAUACAAAAGUGAUGUUUUGACAAUUUUUCCUGCAUUUCUCAAGUUUGUUUUAACUCAAUAUAAUUCUACUGUAAAGGCUUAAGCAGAUGUAUGUUCGAAGGUAAUAGUUACAAUGUUGAUUCUUAAAAUUUUAUUACUCUUAGUUGUUUUAAUGAGUUGUUGCUUGUACUCACUUGUUUUAAGGAAUGGCAUCUGAGUUGUUGCUUUUAUUUACAUCUUUGAUAGUGUUUUUUUGUUUUGUUUUGCUGCAUUGAAAGUGUCAUUGAGAAUGGUUCUUGUGGAAUGGUUAGUCUUAUGUACUUAAUUGAUUUUGUAUUUUCUUACCCAUUGUUAUAACUUUACAAGGAUAUCAUAUCUGAUUUAAAUAGAUUCACACUCUCCAUAAAAUGUAUAUACUAGUUCAUGAUGCCAUUCGUUUAAUUCAUUGCUAGUCCAUGAUGCGUUAUGGUCACAGUUUUGAUGUGAUUAUUAUACAGGUCAAAGAGGCGGAGAUGAUGUCUUUAAGCAAACAGCAAAAGAUUGAACUUGAAGCUCAACUCGGAGAAGCUGAAGAUAUAGUAGGAGAACUAAGGAUGGAGCUGCGAGAGUCUCGCUACCAGCUCGAGAAAUUGACAAAUAGUCGUCAAAGCAACGAGGAGGAAAACAAGCUCAGUGAAGUAGUUUCUUUAGCGUGUGAGGACUCUAGUAACCACGAGAGAACGGUAGUGGCUAGUGGGAUCAAACCACAUUCGAGCGACAGAGAUAUGAGUAUCAACAGGUGUUCUUAUAAAGAGAAUAAAGAUCCUUGCCACCACACUCUUCCUUCCAUACUAACUAGACGCAGAGAAGCUGAAGCGUUAGAAAAAGGAGAUUGUCCUAAUGUGGAAGAGAAGGAGCUACUGACUACAUCUUUGUCGCCUUCAGAGAAAGAGUAUGUCCAGUUCACAGUCAGGAGAAAGCGUAAGAAGGAUGCAAGAAGCGGAAGCAUUAGCCCUGAAGGGAGAAGCUCCUCCUCGCAAGAAGACGAGAGCAGAAACAGAAGACAAAAGACUGGAGAGAAAGACAAUGUGUACUUGGACUCCUUCAACACUGAAUCAUCAUCUCGUGAUAGUCGUCGUGUUGCUCAGGUCGCUCGUCAGCUUUUACCAUUCGCAGAGAAGAAAAUGUCGCAGGAGAACCAAAGUGAUUAUGUUUCUUGAGUCGCAAGUAAUCUUGGAAGGUCCUAUUCUAUCAUCAGUUGCAUUUGAACUCUCUCUUGAGAGGAAAGAAUGGUUGAUUAGAGAAGUUAGAUGAAGUAGUAAGAUUGUUAACAUCAAUACACAUUGUCAGCUUAUAGACUAAUGAAAAAGGCUAAUUUUGAGUCGUUGAUUUAGAUUCCUUUAAGCAUUCGUUUUGCUCGGUUGCUUGGGGAGAACUUGAAGAAGCUUCCUCAAUAAACGAAACAUACUAAUGUUACAAUAAUGUGUACAGCUUUCACAAGAUGGUUGAUGAUUAGUAAAAAAAUAAAAUAAAGAAGCAAAUCAAAAGAAUUCAUUUUUGUUCACGAACACAAGGUUUGACCACAGAAACACGCUUUAGAGUAUGAAAUGUUUGUGUAUAUCAACACAACAGAGAAAUUGUGUAGCUUUUGUGGCUAAAUACAUUUUUUUUUUUUUGUAAUAUAUGGUCAAAACAUAACAAAUAUGUUGGAUUGUAAAUGUGGGGUCAAAGUAAACAAAUAUGUGAAUGUAAAUACGUCUUUUCGAAAUAAAUAAAUAUAUGGUAAAAAAGAAAAAAAUGUGAGAAACCAAAUAAAUCUGUCAUAAAUAAUUUUUCGGUCAAAAUGCUUUUAGGAUAAAAUUUUCAAAAGUAAUAAAUAUUAGAGUUAAACAUGCGCACUUGCACGGAUAUAUUUUUAUCUUUAAAAUUAAUAUAUAAAAUAUAAAAUAAUUUAUAAAGAUAUAUCUUAUAUAUUACUUUCAGUUUUGUAUGUAAUAUUAGUUUGAAAAUUUUAUAUUUAGUGAUGGAAUUUGUUUUGACGAAAUUGUACUAUUCAUAUAUUAUUAUCCACUUGUUUU